UUUUGACAGUUGAGUGCAGGUUAUAGACGCAUUUUACGUCGAAAUAAGUUUGAUUAAAUGGAAGUGUGUAUAAAAUUCAUCAUCGCUUAAAUAUUUUCCUCGUAAAACAUUUGAACUUAAUGAUCAGUUUGAAGAAGAAACAUGAAAUUCUGAUUGUGCAAACAAAAUUGUUCGGAAUUUUUUUGUGGAUGUCGAUUAUCUUUACUUUCACGUGAGGUUUUUUAUCGCAUUGUUUAGUACAGAAUUCAGCGAAAAAGAGCACUAAGGAUUUGUUUUCAAUUUGCAUAGCUUUGUUAAAUGUUUACCUUGCCACCUAUCGGAGGUAUUUUAUGCUCGUGUCCUGAUAAAGUGUUAAAUCAAUAUUGUAAUUGGGUAUCAAUGUGCUGCUGACAAAUGACUGUGCAUUACAAGUGUACAUUCUGACCCAUGAACUCUUGAUGGAUACAAAUUGCUUUCACAGUGUUUGGAAUUAUUUUGAAGUUUUAUAAUAUUCAUAUACAAUGGGCAAGUUUGGCAGCAAGAAAUGCCGGCUACUGUCCAUGCUAUGGCUGACAGGGACAUUCUUCUUUGUGGAGCUCAUUGUGGGCUAUGUGACCAACUCGAUGGCUUUAGUGGCAGACUCCUUUCAUAUGCUGAGUGAUGUCGCUGCACUUGUUAUUGCUUUCUUGUCUAUUAAAAUGUCACCAAAGAAAUGGUCAAAGAACACAUUCGGGUGGGCGCGCGCCGAGGUGUUGGGUGCGUUGGUGAAUGCCGUCUUCCUUGUUGCUCUGUGCUUCAGCAUCACUGUGGAAGCAAUGCAGAGAUUUAUCAAGAUAGAGAUUAUACAUGACGCAAAGCUUCUGGUGGCAGUCGGAGUGUUGGGCUUGAUACUCAAUAUUGUUGGACUCUUCUUGUUCCAUGAGCACGGUAGCAGUCAUGGGCACACACACGGCGGCGUGCCUCCGCCAUCCAAUGUGCGUCAUUUGACGGAGAUUGUAAACAGCAAUGCGGACAUGGCUCUCGGACACACGGCGGCAGGCGCCGGUGCCGAGGAAACGGAUGAGAUGGUGCCACCUGGCACUAAGAUGGCCAGCAAACCCGCCGGCCGUGUCGCCAGCGACCCCGGACAUCUUAACAUGAAGGGCGUCUUCCUUCAUGUCCUCUCUGAUGCCUUGGGCUCGAUCAUAGUUGUGUGCUCUGCGCUAGUCGUGUGGCUGACGGAUUGGCCCUACAAGUUUUACAUCGACCCCGCUCUCAGUAUAGUUCUAGUCAUCUUGAUCCUCGCCUCCGUGUGGCCGCUGCUCCGGGAGUCUGCGCUCAUUCUGCUGCAGACCGUACCCACACAUAUACAGGUGGACGCGAUACAGCGGCGUUUGUUGGAGAAAGUGGAUGGCGUUUUGGCGGUACACGAGUUCCAUGUAUGGCAGUUAGCUGGAGAUAGGAUUAUUGCCAGUGCUCAUAUAAGAUGUAGAAAUCUAUCAGAGUAUAUGAAGAUUGCUGAGAAGGUGAAGGAGUUCUUCCAUAACGAGGGCAUUCAUUCAACCACCAUACAGCCAGAAUUCAUUGAGCUGCCGCUUGAUGGCAAUGAGAUGGUGAGCGGCGUGUCUUCGGAUGACCCCUGUGCGCUGCACUGCCCGCCCAAUGACCUCUGCCACAAUGCCACCUGCUGCGGACCUAACCAACAGGAGCGCAGCACACCGUCACCAUCGGUGACACCGUAUCUCUGUCGUCAGAGGAACAUGGGCUCUAGGACGGAGUCUGUCAACUCCAACGUGGGUGGAGGUCAGGCUGCCACCACUGCCACCAAUUUGGAUGCUCUCGAGUGCGGUUCCCUGUUGCCGACUCCGAUGGCGGACGGCAGACUGUCUGUCUGACAUGCGCUUGCGCACAACUCCGGCUCCGGAUAACUCACCUCACACUGAAUUCUACCAUCUGAAUAUACAACUAACACAUUCUCACAUCUUGUAUCAUGCAUAAACCAUUGUAUACAGUAAAUAAUUCAAGUGUGCUAUCAAUUAAAUGUUGAUAAAAUUUAAAUGUAUAUCGAGAAUUAAUUAAGAAAUAAGACGCAUUUCAUUUUGGAAUCACGUUUUGAUAUAAAUCCAUUUGUUGGGUUGCCGUCCACGCGACUUUAAAAUUGCGCAUAUAGGGUUCACAAGUUUUUAAUGAAAUACACCAAUUUUAUAUUAUUCUAGAGUUUGAGAAUUGUUAAAAUAUAAAUAGACAAGCUAUGAAACCGUAAAAAUCCAAAUUUUGUUACAUUUGUCGUAUCCAUCGAUUACUUAUGUGACAUUUAAUUUUUUUAUAACUUUAGAAACCCUAAACUCUACCGGCAAAACAACUAAAAUAAUUGCUUACCAAACAAUAAUCUAAGAUCAACGUCCAAAUUUGAUUAU